UGUCCAUGGUGUGCGCGCACAACUAACGGGGAGAGAAUUGAACUAGAAACGUCACGACCAAGUGAACGGGAGGGACAGUGGAGGAGAGGGAGAUCGUGUGAGAGAGAGAGAGAGAGAGAGAGAGAGAGAGAGAGAGAGAGAGAGAGAGAGAGAGAGAGAGAGAGUGGGGAAGGAUAUAUUGAGUCAAAGCAGCUCUGUUUGCUCCUCAGUGUGUGAAAGAAGAGACAGAGGACGUGUGAGAAGACAAGAUGGAGCGCUGGAACAGAUGAAGACUGUCACUGGUCCCAUCCGGCGGUCCACAUGAGCGUAUCGAAACCUCCUCCGCCCCACUCCCACUUCGCCCCCCCACCCAACUCUUCCACCUCCCAUCUCUCCAUCCCUCCCUCCUCCUCCACCCCAUCCUCCCCCGCACCUUCUCGUGCUGCCUCCUCUGCUCCCAGAUCUCUCCCUCCGCCCUCUCCUGUCAAGAUCUCCAUGCAGGAGCACUUUGCCAUCAACGUGUGCCCCGGGCCCAUAAUGCCUAUCCCGCAGAUCUCCGACUUCUUCCCACGCUUCCACGACUUUCCCAUGACCCCGCCCCCGCCCCGGGAGAAGAAGAUCCUGAAGGAACCAGAUUUCGGAUUGAGCAAUGGAGGGGAGACGGACGGAGAGAAUAAGGAGAAGGAGAGGAAACCCAUCGAAGAGGACCGGGGGGAAAGGCAAGAAGGGGCGGAUUCGGACGACGAUGAUGAAACUUAUCUGGGCACCCUGGAGUUCACCCUGCUCUUCGAUCACGAGAACAACUGUCUACACUGUACAAUCCACAAGGCCAAGGGACUAAAGGCCAUGGACUCCAACGGACUGGCCGAUCCAUACGUCAAGCUCCACCUCCUGCCUGGAGCAAGCAAGGCGAACAAGCUCCGCACCAAAACACUGAAGAACACUCUGAACCCGGUGUGGAGCGAGACGCUGAUGUACCACGGCAUCACCGCUAUCGACAUGACCACCAAAACCCUCAGGCUGUGUGUGUGCGACAUGGACAGGCUCGGUCGUAACGAGUUUAUCGGAGAGGUCCGGGUCGCCUUGAAGAAACUGAGCAAGGGCGAGAGCAAAAGAUUCAAAAUGGGUCUGGAGAGAAUCACACAGAACAAAGACAUGAACAAAGAAACCGUGGAGCAAGGAACACCUGUGGCUGAGGAAGAGCGUGGUCGUAUCCUGGUGUCGCUCUGCUACAGCCCAGAAAAGAGCUGUUUACUGGUUGGCAUCGUACGCUGUGCCCACCUCGCCGCCAUGGACUCCAAUGGGUACUCUGACCCCUUCGUCAAGAUUGUGCUGCAGCCUGAUAUGGGGAAAAAGUCCAAGUACAAAACCACAGUGAAGAAGAAAACUCUCAAUCCCGAGUUUAAUGAGGAGUUUAUGUAUGAAGUUCCACACGACCAGCUGGCGAAGAAAACCCUGGAGAUCUCCGUAUGGGACUACGAUCUGGGGAUGAGCAACGACUUCAUAGGUGGAGUUGAACUGGGCAUAAAUGCUAAGGGAGUGAGGCUGAAACAUUGGUUUGAGUGUCUCAAACACAUCGGCAAGAAAGUCGAGUACUGGCACACUCUCACGCAGCAAGGAGCCCCCCCAGAUCCCCCACCGCAGUGACUGACACACACACACUUUAUCGCAAUUAUUAAAUGAUAAUCAAUGAACGGUGAAGAAAGAAAGAAAUAAUAAAGUAAUAAAGUAAUAAUAGUGAUAAAACAUGCAAUAAUGAUACGGAUAAUGAUGAUACAAUAAUAAUACAAAUAACAAUAGUGGGUAAUUAUCCCAAUUCAGCUUUUUUCUAAGUAAAUGCAUUUGUGAAAAUGUCCCUCAUUGAAAUGUUUAAUGUGAAAGUGCUGACAAAUUUUACCUUAUCCCUCAAUAUUGUGAAGUCACUUGCAUUUCAGUCAUUCAAAUGUACAUGAAUAGUGUAGAACCUCUUACUUGCACUGUAACUACAAUACUGGAACAGUCUGUAAGCACCUUUGGGCCCAUUGCCCAACAAGGUCUCGUUAUGAACGUUGUAAUCGCCAGGUUGUUUCUACUAGGGAUGUAGUUGAAAAAGGUGGGUAAGAGAUGACUGGCAUCUAGCAACGCUAAUGCUAACUGCUUUAACUGUUCUAGGAAGUAUGGGCAACUGCAUACUUGGUGUGUCUCUGAAAGUGGCCGUGGCGAAUAAAGUGGGUGGAUCGACAGUAACUUGUAACUAAGUAACUACUUCCCACACCGUUGCGGGACAAAAGUGCUUAGCGAGGGGAAGCGAAGGACACUGUUGUCCCGCUGUUGUUGCCGUUCAUGCCCUCCCUAUUGAGUAGACCGUAUCAAUGUGACACCUAGAUAGUUCUCAAUAUUUGUUAUGUAUUGUGUAGGUUGCUAUCCUACUUGAAAUAAAAUAAUGAGAGGGAAAAACAUGGCCACGUUAUCUACUGCUGGCGACACAGCUGAUACAGCUGCCCAGUGGGAAGCACCCUCAGGUUGGCAGAAACCUCGAUACAACGGUAACGGUGCACUAGUCAUUCUCACUGGCUUUAUACUCCUCGUGCGGCCCAAUCAGCCACGCAAAACGAUCUUUAGCGCCAACAAAUCUGCCUAAUUAGCUGAUUCGCUUUCCAUAAACCCACUUGUGUUGAUCCAACCACUUCUUUUGUGUUCUUGUGUUGAUCCAACCACUUCACGUCCACUUUCAGACACACUCCACGUAUGCAGUUACCCAUGACUCCGUUCUAGCAUUAACUGUGCCAAAAGCACUAACAGCGCUAACAAUGCAAACAGUACUAACAGUGCUAACAAUGCUAACAGUACUAACAGUGCUAGCAAUGCUAACAGUACUAACAGCGCUAACAGUGCUAACAGUACCAACAGCCCUAAUAGUGCUAACAGCGCUAACAGUGCUAGUGCUAAUUUAGCGUAGUAGGUGUGAAAACAGUUUUCACCAAGGUGCGUUAACAGCAUUAGCAUGUGUUUACCCUCCUCUGCAACCCUGAUUUACUUCACAAAGUACACAAGUGAUGAGGACAAGUUGGAUAAGUCACCUGCUAUAGAUUUUUUAUUAUGGUGGUUGUCGCUCUGAUGAAAACUGCCACACCAUAGCGUUAAAGCACAAAAGGAUUCAUCUGACUGUACUGUCUCUGUGUCCGAUGUCUGUACGUGAUGACAAUGGGCGUAUGUAUCUCCCCAUAUCCUCCUGUGUGUAUGUCUUUGUGUGUGAGUGAGUUUUUUUGUGUGCAUACAUUUUGCAUACAAAUGUCUGUGUGUGGACGUGUGUUUAAGUGUGUUUGCGCGCGUGUGGGUUUGACUGUAAGCGUGUCACGUCCUUCUCCAAAUGUCUCCAUCCAUGAACCCUGAAGCAUGGAGCUGUGAAGAAAGACAGAACAAAAGAGACGAGACUCACUCCUACAGUACGAGACUCACUCCAUGUUCCCUGGAUGUCCCCAUGGUCUAACACACUGAUGUCCUGUCACAUGUGCAACAGUAUGGCUGGCAGUCCAGUGAGUCACUUUUCCUUGGUGACAGUCACACAAGAUAACCCUCAGUCUGAAUUCUUCUCUGACCCCUGCUCUGUGCCCCUUGACCUUUCAAUUUUAGUGAAUUGAAAGCUAGAGAGCACAGAGAGAUUUCUGCGGCAGUCUCAAACAAACUUUAGCCCCCUACUCUAAAGAGGGGUUAUCAGAGGUUAUCAAAUACCAACUAUUGGGUGUGCAGGCUUUUGCUCCAGCUCCAGCCUAAUGCAGUCUGGACAACAAUAAGUGUCAUCGGGUGUGUUCAUGUUGGGCUGGAACAAAAGCAUGCACAUCCCAGUAGCUCUCGAGGACUUAGAAAGUUUCUUCCUAGUUCUCUGCGCCCUUACACUAAGAUUUUAUUUAUAAAUGACUGGAUUUUUUCAAUUUCGGUGAGUCUCUUGUAGACAUUCAAAUGUUCCAUCUUGGAGAAAAAAUAAGAAAAAAAACUAUUAGUAUGAAAAAUAUGGCAAAAACUCCAUCUGUAGCCAAAGGAAUAGGUUCAUUUGACAUUUGAUCAAUGUCUAAGAGGAGGAAUUCAAAAAGUGUCUAGGUCUAGGAGUGUCUAGGUCUUGGAGUCUAGGUCUAGGAGUGUCUAGGUCUAGGAGUCUAGGUCUAGGAGUGUCUAGGUCUAGGAGUGUCUAGGUCUAGGAGUGUCUAGGUCUAGGAGUGUCUAGGUCUAGGAGUGUCUAGGUCUAGGAGGUUUAGGUCUAGAAGUGUCUAGGUCUAGGAGUGUUUAGGUCUAGGAGUGUCUAGGUCUAGGAGUGUCUAGGUCUAGGAGUGUCUAGGUCUAGGAGUGUCUAGGUCUAGGAGUGUCUAGGUCUAGGAGUUUAGGUCUAGAAGUGUCUAGGUCUAGGAGUGUCUAGGUCUAGGAGUGUCUAGGUCUAGGAGUGUCUAGGUCUAGGAGUGUUUAGGUCUAGGAGUGUCUAGGUCUAGGAGUGUCUAGGUCUAGGAGUGUCUAGGUCUAGGAGUGUCUAGGUCUAGGAGUUUAGGUCUAGAAGUGUCUAGGUCUAGGAGUGUUUAGGUCUAGGAGUGUCUAGGUCUAGAAGUGUCUAGGAGUGUCUAGGUCUAGGAGUGUCAAGGUCAAGAAGUGUCUAGGUCUAGGAGUGUCUAGGUCUAGGAGUGUCUAGGUCUAGGAGUGUCUAGGUCUAGGAGUGUCUAGGUCUAGAAGUGUCUAGGUCUAUGUCUAGGAGUGUCUUGGUCUAGGAGUGUCUUGGUCUAGGAGUGUCUAGAUCUAGGAGUGUCUAGGUCUAGAAGUGUCUAGGUCUAGGAGUGUCUAGGUCUAGGAGUGUUUAGGUCUAGAAGUGUCUAGGUCUAGGAGUGUUUAGGUCUAGGAGUGUCUAGGUCUAGGACUGUCUAGGUCUAGGAGUGUUUAGGUCUAGGAGUGUCUAGGUCUAGGAGUGUCUAGGUCUAGGAGUCUAGGUCUAGGAGUGUCUACGUCUAGGCGUGUCUACGUCUAGGAGUGUCUAGGUCUAGGAGUUUAGGUCUAGAAGUGUCUAGGUCUAGGAGUGGCUAGGUCUAGGAGUGGCUAGGUCUAGGAGUUUAGGGAACUAUGCGAGAGAGACUACCCAGGCUGUUUUUAUGAGAGAGGACUACCCAUGGAGCUUAAAACACUACCAUGGGUUGGUUGGACAACAGAGAUCCCGGGGAUGGACAACAAAGACCCCAGAAGAAAGAGAGAUUGGCUGUGAUGAAUUAUACUCAGCAUGGCAACAAUCCCUCCCAGAGGCUUGACCACUGGACUGUGUGGACAAUCAUGGACUAAUGUACAUGCAGGAUCAAAGGAUACCGACACAAUGUUUGUGUGUGUGUGUGUGUGUGUGUGUGUGCAUGCUUGCAAGUGUGUGCACGUUGUGUACAUGUCCGUGUGUGUGUGUGCGUGUUCAUGCAUUGAAUCUCAACACACUCAUGGACACCCCACUCCCCCCACCCUCCCUUGCAACAAAUAAAACACUGGCAUAAAGUAGACAGUGACCUCUCACCAUGGGUUCCUUCACCAGAGACAGACCUCGAGGGGUUAACCACCCGAAGGACAGAGGCCCAAUCCUGUGGCCCCUGGCUACAGUUUGGAUACCUUAUAGUUCAAACGUUGGUCCACUAAAGCACACUAUUACCCUGUUCACAUUACUGAGCCAAACACAGCCAAGUCAAGCCAAGCUGUACUGCACUGGCCUGGUAACUCAUCUACUGUAGUUGCUUGAAUGAAAAAAGGACAAUGUGAAAAUAAAAUAUCCAGGCCAGCACAGUAUGGUUUGGGUCAGCCCUGUAGUGUGAAUUAGACAUCUCAGUCAGUCAACAGUUUCCUGGACUUUUUCUUACUUUCUAAUCGUUGUCUGGGAUCUCUGUGUUUGUAAUUCUGUACUUGGACAAAGGUGUGAAUGAAGGCAUCUUGAUGGAUAGCAAAAAAACAAAGACGAUUCAACACGGCAAGAGGUCAAAUGUGACCCGGCUCAUGGAUUGUCAAAGCUAGGGACUGAACUCUGAGACAACGAGUGAGAAGUUCAGCUCGUCUGGUCUUUUUGUGGUCACCAAGAACACACGUUGAGGGACCUUGACAAAGAUGGUGGUGGAGUGGAGAGGGCGGAAUCUGUUCUUCUCUAUGCACACCAAUGACGACACAGAAAGCCUCUCCACGCGCAGCAACAACAGUGAAAUUGAUAAUCAAAUGAUAAACAUCUCCGAUGUCACUACGUGAUAUGUUGUCAAAGAUGUAUUCAUGUUUUUUUUUUGUAUGUAAUACUGAGUAUGUAUACAACGGGUGGGUCUAAUCCUGAAUGCUGAUUGGUUAAAACCGCAUUCCAGCCGGUGUCUAUUCCACAAGUUACUUAGUAUGUAUGUACUUCCCUCUCCGGGAUAUUCCUUAUCAUGUGAAGCCAGGCUUGGACUUGGAGAUAUUUAUUAUCUUGCCUAGGUGAUCUGAUGGUUUAUUUUCACUCAGAUUCUCUCUAUCUCUGCCUUUUUACUUGUUGUCGGUCAAGCGAACUCGACUUUGUUCAUCGUGUGACAAAAACAAACCAUAUGCAUCAUAACCAUUCUAAUAAAGAAUUGCAUGUGUAAUGAUUGUCAUAUAUAUGCAUAUGUAACUAACAUUAUAACUAACGUUGAUCAAUGUCAAUUUCUUUAUGGUUGAUAUCAUUGACAUGGUAUCAUCAAUCAAAUCUGUUAGAGCUAUCAUCGCUGAUGUGUACUCGUUGGUUUGUAAUUUAUUGUUUGUAAAAAAAAAGGGAUAAUUCAGGGUAAGUUGCUCAAUUUUAUGCUUUACUCGGUCCGCAGUUGCUUUUAAACCUUUAUCGUCAGGAAUGGGGAGACAGGGUGUAGGGGGAGUACUAUUGUUACGGCAUCCCUGUGUCCUCACUGACGUAAUGGCUAUCUCUAUGUGGAACAUACGGUGUGAUUGCCAUCCUGUGGUGAGUUUGUGAAACUACUUUUGUUUUUAAAUAAACUGAACCCGUUUCGGUGA